CGCCACAGCCAAAAGCAGAACAGCAACACCAAAACAGAGAGUUGAAUCACUUCCGGGUUUUUCUUAAAGAGACAGUAACCCACCUGUGCGCGCGUUCAAUCCAAACAUCACAGAGAUAACUUAGUGAGUGUGUUAAACAGUUAGGUUUAGUUAGUUAAAGUAGCUUAAAUACCACGCACAUAUUACUAAGGUUAAUUUGACACGUAUCACUUAGUUAUCAUUAGUUUUAGAAGCGGUUAUGAUAAAAUUCAGACUUUGGAGAUCUGGCUACUUCUUCAGCCAAUCAGAGGCCGGUAAUCGUUAGCCAAAGCAACAGUGCGCGCGCUGUUAGCAAAGAGGAUCCGGAGAAAUGGGACGAGAGAAAAACUCGAAAAGAGAAGAAAAGGUCAAGCAGAAAUCUUCAAAACUGAAAAAGCUGAAUGGUGAUGAAAGCGCUGGGGCAGGGGGAGACUCCACCAGGGACAGUGCAAAUUCAGCUAGACCUCAAGAGAAAAUUGAAAAUGGAAAAGUUCACAAAAAGGCUAAGACUGAAAGUGUGCAAGUAGACAUCAGCAAGCAGAUAAAACAGGAGCCUGAAGAUGAUAAUGAAGACUUUAUAUCAAAGAAGAAAGGCCAGAAAAGGAAAAGAAUUAAAGAAGAUCAAACUGAGGCCCCUGCUAAUUCUACUCCUAGUUUAGUAAGGAAAACUAAAGUGAAACAAGAAGAUGACGAAGAAGCAUCCCAGAAAAAGAAGAGUAAAAACAAAAUGAAAAAGUCAGUCAAAAAAGAGGAGGAUGAGUCUGCCCCAGUCUCAAAAAAACCUAAAAGGACAAAGGAGGAAAUUCAGGAGGCCAAACUCCUAAAGAUUAAAAAGAAGGAAGAGGAAGAGCAGAGUCGUUGGAGAUGGUGGGAGGAAGAGAAGUAUGAAGAUGGUGUUAAAUGGAAAUUUUUGGAGCACAAAGGACCAUACUUUCCUCCAGAAUAUCAGCCUGUUCCAGACAAUGUUCAUUUCUACUAUGAUGGUAAACCAGUAAAGCUGAGUCUGGCUGCUGAAGAGGCGGCUCUGUACUUCGCCCAGAUGUUGGAUCAUGAGUACACCACCAAAGAUGUGUUUCGGGAGAACUUUUUUAAAGAUUGGAGAAAGGAGAUGACUUCAGAGGAAAGGUCAAUUAUUAAAGACCUGAACAAGUGUGACUUUGGAGAGAUGAAUGCCAUGCACAAGGCUAAAGUGGAGGCUCGGAAAUACAUGACUAAGGAGGAGAAACAAACUCUGAAAGAUGCCAACCAGAAAAUUGUGGACGAGUUUGGCUACUGCCUACUGGACCACCACAAGGAAAGAAUUGGCAAUUUCAAGAUUGAACCUCCAGGGUUGUUCCGAGGGAGGGGGGAGCACCCAAAACGAGGCAUGCUAAAGAAAAGGAUCCAACCAGAAGACGUCAUCAUAAACUGUAGCAAAGAAUCCAAUAUCCCUGUGCCACCCGCUGGUCAUCACUGGAAAGAGGUCCGUCACGAUAACACGGUGACAUGGCUGGCCAGUUGGACAGAAAACAUUCAGGGAUCCAUCAAGUACAUUAUGCUCAAUGCCAACUCAAAACUAAAGGGUGAAAAGGACUGGGAGAAAUAUGAAGUUGCACGGAAACUGAAGACGUGUGUUGAUGACAUCCGAUACCAGUACAAUCAGGAUCUUAAGUCUAAACAGAUGAGCACGCGCCAGAGAGCAGUGGCCCUUUACUUCAUAGACAAGCUGGCCCUGAGAGCAGGUAACGAGAAGGAGGAAGGAGAAACGGCUGACACGGUGGGCUGCUGCUCACUCAGAGUGGAGCACAUUACCCUGCACGACAAACUGGAUGGUGACGAGUAUGUAGUAGAGUUUGACUUCCUGGGUAAAGACUCUAUUCGCUACUACAACAAGGUCCCCGUCAUUAAGAAGGCUUUUAAGAAUCUUAAGCUGUUCAUGGAGAACAAGGAACCUGGAGAUGACCUGUUUGAUCACCUUACUACACAAAAGCUCAACAAGCAUUUGAGCUCUCUAAUGGCGGGGCUUACAGCAAAGGUUUUCAGGACAUACAACGCUUCUAUCACUCUGCAGCAGCAGCUGAAGGAGCUCACAAACAAGUGGGACAAUGUGGCAGAGAUGAUUUUGUCGUACAAUCGAGCAAAUAGAGCUGUUGCAAUUCUGUGUAACCACCAGCGGGCGCCGCCAAAGACCUUUGAGCAAUCGAUGGCAAACCUACAAGCCAAGAUUGAUACCAGAAAAGAACAACUUGCACUUGCUAAGUCGGAACUGAAACAAGCUAAGAAGGAGGCCAAAUCUAAGGACAACUCUGACCCUAAAGCGCAGGUGUUAGUGGAGCGCAAAAAGGCAGCAGUGAAACGCUGUGAGGAUCAGCUGCUAAAGAUGGAGCUUCAGGCAACUGACCGAGAAGAGAAUAAACAGAUUGCUCUGGGCACCUCAAAGCUUAACUACCUUGACCCACGAAUCUCAGUGGCUUGGUGUAAGAAGUUUGGGGUGCCCCUGGAGAAAAUCUACAAUAAAAGUCAAAGGGAUAAAUUUGCCUGGGCCAUCGAUAUGACGGAGGAAGAUUUCGAGUUCUAGAAACUGACCUUUUAAGGUUUGAGACGCAAGUGAGGAACCAAACUUUUAAUUUUAUUAGUUUGCAGUGUGUCUCUCUUUGACUGGCAGACAUGAUCAAGUUGAGCACUUGUGACACAUUGUUUUUCUUUGACUCUGUUCUAUUAGUUUGAAGCUAUUUUUGCACUUUGAGUUUGCUAUUUUCAGCGUUUUUGUUUUUUUUUUAUAAAUAAAGGUUCCUAUACCGCAAUCAACAAGUGCCAACUUAAUAUGCGCAUGUACCUUUUAACAUUAGACUGCCAUGUCAAGUACAGGUCGCCAUUGGAUAGUAGUAUUUGGGUUUAUUGAAGAACAUAGGAUGAAAUACAUUUUGAAAAAUGUACCAGACACAGCACCCAUGUGUAGAAAAACUCCACUUAAUUUCCAUGACCAUGGGCUCUAGACUUGAGGUUGACAUUGCAAACAAAGACUUUACAAUGAGCAUUUGGACAAUGACACAAUUGUGAUUUGGGCAUGCCAUCACACUAAAAACAAAAUACGAUUUGGAACAACCCUAGUGGCUGAAAGUACUCCUGCUGGUUCAAAACAGCAAUACAAUCACACCUGAAUAUUGAUGUCAUUGGCUCUCAUAUACUGCUGUGACAACUUCCCAUGAGGAGAACCUUCUGCUUUUCUAGCACAGGAUUUUCUCCCAAUGUUAUGCCUGGCCUUUACAGCUGUCCUUAGACUGGAAUGUCUAGUUACUUUUGACCCACUGAAAAAAGGCUUAAACUGACCAAUUUCUCGACAGGUAAACUACUCUGGUCACUGUUCAAUUAUUUCCAGAUCUAACUAUUCUGCUGUCAGACUAUGGUGUCGA